AUGAGUGAUUCUCAAGGUACAUUUACCGCUGCGACGGAGGGCCCAUCAUCCGCUGCGAUGGCGUCCAUAGCAUCUUCUUUCGCCAGUGAGUUCUCUCAAACCUCAACCGCAGUAGCCACGACAACCGGCACCAGUGCCAGUACGCCGAAGUCCUCCUCGGAACAACCGAACAAGACGAGCACCGUUGCAACGACUUCGACUUCUUCUUUGCCCACCUACCAGGUGGUCCCUUCUCCGAGCGGCCUGUCAACUGCCGCAAAAGCUGGAAUAGGAGCCGGUGCGGCAAUCCUCUGCAUCGUCGCCGUCGCCGUCGCCGUCUUCUUACUCCUUUGGAAGAAGCGUCUGCGUCUGCGGCGAAAAAGAUUGCAAGCUCCAGAGGAGUCGGAGUCACGCGUGUCCUCCGAUGCCGGGCGACCGACUAUGGAACGAAAACAACCCAGGCCCUGCAUAUACCAUUCGAAGCCCGAGUUGGAAGACACGAGUCCUAGUACGCCGAGAAACAGCAGCACUGGAUAUCUGCCUGCGCUGCGAAGGCCUGAUAUGAUCCAAGACCCCAGGACUAGAGCAGAACUCGAGGUUCGUCUGGCUGUCCCCUUUCGCUAA